AUGGACGAGUCGCGCAGCCGCUACACAUCACCGCUCUCACCCACUCCUCGCGUCACCAUCCGUCGCAAUCCGUCUGAUCAGAGCACCGCCGUCGCCCCCAACCCCCCGUUGCUCACCUGCGCGCUCGUCUCCCGCCGCUGGCUGCGCCUCUCCGCGCUUCUCCCCCGCGCCAUCACUGUCCCGCCCGGCCUUCUCUUGCGCCCCCGCGCUCUCCUGCGUACCCUCUCCGCCUUUCCCCACCUGCGCUCCGUCACGCUACACGUGGACUCUUGCCGCAGCAACAGCAGCAGCAGCAGAGGGGCCAUCAGUGAUUGGCUGAUCUCUCGCCUAGCAAAGCUGCUGCCGCAGCUGACGUCACUGUCGCUCGUUGGCGUUGCCGCAAUCCCAAGGCUCUCCCCGUUGGCUUCCUCCCUGCUGUGCUUAGAGAUUCGCGGCGCAGGGGAGGGGCUGACACGUCUCUCUGAAAAGAGCCUUGGGCGGCUGACGUGUCUGCAGCAGCUGGUUGUGAGGGACUGCUUGGCGCUGCGCUGGCUUCCGGCAUCUCUUGCGCUGCUGCCGUCGCUGCAGCGAAUCAGCGUGGAAGGAUGCUAUCUCGCCACACUUGAUGCUUGGACGCACCCGGAUACGGAUGGCCGUGGGUUGCCGGCUGUGCCUUCUGUUGGGAGGGUUGGGGUGCGAGAGUUGGGGGAAGGCCCAAGGAAUGACAUCAAACGCAGUGACGAUGCUGACGUGGUUGUUUUGGCGGUAUCGGGGGGUGCGAGUGAUGGGGAGGAUGUGGAGGCAAGCUGCGGGCAGCAACGGCCGCAUGGGUGGCGAAGGCGACAGCGGCGGCAAUGGAAGAAACUCCACCUCUGCCACGGCAAGGUUCAGCAGCAGCAGCAGAAGCAGCAGCAGCCGAGUAAGCAGGGUGGUGUCGCCACUGUCUCUGCAGCAGCACAGCCACGCCAGCCCCUGUUCUUUUCCAAGCUGCAACACCUGGAGCUUGCUGACGUGCCAGCCAUGCAGCACCUGCCACGUGGCAUCCUCCAGCACCACUCACUGAAGCACCUUGUGCUGGACGGCUAUCCAGGCGAGUACCUUUCUGCUACUUGCAGUGUCAACUCCGAGCCAACCAAGUCAAUGCUUGAGCCUCCCAUCCGCAUGCCCAGCCUGCAACAUCUCGUGCUACGCAACCUUCCCAAACUUUCCCACCUGCCCGACUGCCUUUCCCUACCUGCCGCCUGCCCGUCUCUCACCAUCCUCUCCAUCGAGAACUGCCCACGGUUCUCCUCGCUCCUCACUCCUCCUGCCAGCCUGCACACCUUAAAGCUUCACAGUCUUCCCAACCGCACAGCCAUCUGCGACCCACUGCGUGCGCACUGCCCAUCGCUCUCUGUUCUUGUUAUAGACCAGUGCGCCAACCUCCAUACCGUGCCGUGCUUCCCAUCGCGCAGCCUGUCGCACGUGGAGAUUCGCAACCUCCAAAGUCUCACAGCACUCACAAGCCCAUCCUCGCUCCUCAACCCCUCUGCCUCCUCCCCUCGUCUCUCCAUACUUGCCAUCGACAACUGCCCUCUCCUUGCUAUAAAUGCCUCUGCACGCACACCCCUUGCCUUUAACUUUCCACGCCUUAGCGAGCUAUGGCUGCACGACCUUCCUCUGCUGCACGAGCUACCGCCCUCCUUCUCCUGCCUCUCCUCCCUGCACCGUUUGGUCAUCACCCGCUGCCAUGGGCUCAACUCACUCCCUCACUGCCUGCCAGAGCUCCCCUUGCUGUGCGAACUUGCCCUCGUAAUAAACCACAAUCUCACCGUCCCCAUGGAUUUCCUGCCACAGCUGCACUCGGUGCGUCGCCUGGUGGUGCAUCGGGGGCGUGAGAACAAGACCAUCAUCGCACAUCAUGGGAGGGUGAGGCCAAAGUUUGCGCUGCCCCCGCGCGUGAAAGAGCUUCACACGGAUGACUUUGGGAGUGAUGUAUUCCGGCUGCAUGAGCUGCAGAGACUGGGGGGUACUUGCCUAAAAUGA